CCCCCUUCCGUCCGCUGGGGGCCCCUCCCCAAAUUCCUGACAAACCCCAACCCUCCUAAAAAUGCUCCUCCCCGUUUUUCCCCACCUACAGGACCCCUCCCCACAUUGCCCCCUCAUCCUCCCCCCCAGACACCGUUAUUGCCCCCCUCCCGGUUUCCUUCGGGCCCGCUCCCUGCGUCCCACUCCUCGCAUCUGUUUUAUCACCCACAGCUGCGGGGCCAGCCCCCUCCCAAAAGAGUAGAAGCCCGUGCCUCGUUUCUCCCUCAAGUUAGAACCCCAUUUCCCCCUAGUUGGGGGGCGCCCCCUUCUCCCACCCCCCAAUAAUGGCUUUUUCUCAGAGGAAUUCUUUGGCCCCCCAGCCGGUUUCCUUGUGUUUAUGGGACAGCCUCUCCCAAAGGAACUCCCUCUCCUGCCCGUUCCCAUUUCCACGCCCCCCUCCCAAUAUCUCUCUCUUGUGGCUUUCUCAUCCCCCCCCCGUAAAUUCCCUCCUUUCCCUUCCUUGCACCUGCAAGACUUGCCUUGCCUCGCCUCCCCAUCUCUCCCUCUUUAGUCUCCUCUCCCCUCCCACUUUUCCUCUCAUUCUCUAGUGCAGCUUCUGCACAUCUGUGGGACGCGCUCCCACCCCCAUGCAAACCCUUCUCCCCCUUUGCAACUCUUCUCCUCCUUAGCCCGCCUUCUCUCUGUGGCAUCCCCCCCCCGUCCUGCUUCCUUCCUCCGUUUUCCUUUUCCAUCUUGGGUGGGUGUGGGUGUGCAGUGCACACGUUUUCCCAAAGGAAGGAUCUGUUCCCAAAUUCCUCCUGACACCGAGCCUCUCCCUCACUCCUUCCCUGCCUGGCAACAGCCCAUCCUGCCUGGCGUACCCCCUACCCUAGCUCUGCUCUUUUGCUUUUCAGCGCUGCUGCCUCAGCUUGGGGAGGAGGAGAGAGCCUGCCCUUGCAUGCAAAACUCUUCAUCCGUGCAAAGAGAUCGGCGCAGCACUCCAAUGAAUUAUAGCAACAUUCUUUGUUCUUCAGACAUUCUUUGUGUGAUGCAUGGAAAGGACACUCUACAGAAUGACUCCAAAUUCCGCUUCCCUCUUUUUCCAGUGGCACUGCUAUAAAAGGGCCAGGGAGACCAAGCACGUUCUUCCUCACGGGUUCUUUGUCAUCCCCCUGGAUGUUUAAUGAGCAUGAUGGCAACAAAAGUUGAAGUCAGCUCUGCCCUAAUGUCCUUGAGCAACCUAAGUGAGCUCACAAACGAAGCAACACUGCAACACGCCUUUGUUGGCUGUCUUCCUGAUACAAGCAACAAGCCCAAUGAACAUCCACGUUCUGUGUCCCCACAGAUUCUGGAAGAAAGAAGCAAAUCUAGCAACCCUGUGAGGCCAGCAACUGUGACUCCAGCUGCUGCAAGGCCUCGCUUAGCUCCAAAACCAUUUUCAAGGGAGCGGUCUUGGGACACUUUUGCAGUGGUGAAGCCUCCUAUCCCAGCAGUCAAACCUGGUAACAUCCCUCCCAAACCCUCUGCAUUGGCCCCAAACUUUGAAGAUAUGACAAAUGCUAAGUGUUUAAGUGGAAGCAUUCCACCUCUGGUAGAUCAAAAAUUGAUUGAGAGCAAAAACACUAGUGAGUUAGUGACAAAUGUGCCUGUUUAUUCCAGUGUGCAGGCUAAUACAGUUAUCCUUUUUGAAACGAGAAGUGCUGAGAGAAGCAGGAUGAAGUUAACUCCUGAGAAAAACUAUAGCCCUUUAAAGGCCCAAGAGAGGCAGCUCCCUUCUUCAAAACCUGAAGGGACUGUCAUUCAUAGGCAGUUGUCUUUUUCCUCAGAGCCCAAGCCAGUCUCGUGGACCCCUCACAGGUCUCUGGAAAGAAAAGAGAGCAUUUCAGGUGCUGCUGAGGAAAGGGCUGUUGAGAAGCACCAGAGCAGCAGUCUAGCUGGCGAGGUUCAGCUGAGGCCAAAACAGAGACCAGUGUCUGCCAUCUUCCUGGAAUUGUUAAAAGAUUAUAAGCAGCAUGGGUCUGAUGUUUCUGAUGAAAAACCUAUUCCUGAUAAAUCAUGGGUUAGAAAACCUCGGCCACUGUCCAUGGAUCUCACAGCAAAAUUUGAAAAUCGAGACUUUUCUGUUCAAAGGAAAUCUUGCCCAUCUGAAAGCGAGGACAGGAACCUCAUUGCUCGCUUUGGCAAUAUGGGCAGACCAUCUGAAACGGGGACCAAGAGUGAAGCCGCAGGUUUGAACAGAGUGGAUUCUUCAAAGUCACCUUUGAAAAGUGCCGCUCAGGUUGCCGACUCGCUGAGUGUUAAAAGCAAAAGUACUGUGCAAAUCCAGAAUCCCUCUCCAAAUGUCGUUGAGUCUCUAUGCCGGAACACUCCAAAAGGCUUGAGUCAAGGCUCUGCAAAGGACCGAAAAUACCUAUGGGAGUUGAGAUUUAAAAGCCAAGAUGAACAAAAGGAGAGAGAAAUGGAUAUUGCAGCAAUUCCUGAUAAAAGCACAAAACUAUGCAGUAGCAAAGGCCAAUCUGUUAAGGAUAGGAUGGUACUAAAUCAUAAGGGAACUUGUGCAUUUAGUGAAAACUCUGCAAAUGCCUCAGACAUCAAAAACAAGAGCUUGAGGGAAGGCAGUAUUAAAAAAGCUGUGAAUUUCCCAGAUGCUUUAGCAAAUGGCACAACGCUGGUGAGGGCUGAAUCUCUCCCAGAAAGUCCUGGGAAAGAAAACAAAAUUCUGAACAUCCAGCAGAGACUCAAAGAACUGACUACUGAAAAUGCAGAUGCCAGGCCAGGAAACCUGCGCCAGUCAUUCCGGUCACGGCCUCUUUCUGCAGAUUUGACCAGACUGUUUUCCAACCCCAAGACUGCUGGGGAAACGAAGCCUGAGAGACAGUCUGAAUUGAACAUGAAGUCUGUUAGUGAAACGCGAGGUGUGCAAGAGGAUGAGACACAUCCCCUGCAUGCAACAGAUUCUAGAGAAGCCUGUGUGGCUGCAACUCCCUGGAAGCUACAGCAGCCCAUAAGAAUGCCACUUAUGGAUGGGCAUCCUGAGAGGGAUGGCAGUUUUGCCAAAGAGAGGCAAAAUAUCACUCUACAGGGUGAAAGUCCUGCUUUGGUUGCAGAGCAUGACAUGAAAACAUAUUCCAAGUCUUCUGUAGAAAAUGCGCUUGUUAAAACUGUCAGAGCAACAAUGUUUGAGCACAAUGUGGAAAGACACCAUAUAGCUGCUGAUCACUUUGAAGCUGAGUCCACCUUACAGCCUACGAAUGAGCUUGCUGAGGGGCUGUUGGGACAUUGCAGGGAAUCAUGGAUGGAGAAAGGUUGGGAAACUAAAAUCUCGAAGAGAGGGCCCACCAGGCAGCCUGAUGUAUCAGUGGAUACAGAAAGACACAGAAAUGCAAAAGUUCUAAACAAAGUCAAAGUUCCUCAGACACUGGAAAUACCAACUAAAAAGGAGAAAUGUGAAAAACCCACUGAGGACUCAUUAAUGUACCAAAGGAUAGAGCCAAGAUAUGAAAUUCUCCAGACAGUUGGCGAAAGGGUGCAAAGUGAGGCUAUUGCAGCUGUGCCUGAAGAUAAGGCUGUAACCCUACGAAGCAGGAAUUUUUUGAAAGAAAGGAGAAAAACUGUUGGGAGUGCUGUGGGUGCUUCUUGGCCAUGUGACCUUGACAUUCAGGGUGAUGGCUGGAAAGAUGACUGCUUUGUUUCCAAAAUGAAAGAUACAGGAGAAAUUGCCACACAGACAACUACUUUGAAAGAAGUCAAUGUCUCCUAUGGUCAGCAUGUUUUCCAUGAGCAAGCAACUGAGUUAGAUAAAAAUCUGAUUGGACAGCAGCAUGCAGCUGCAAAAGGUUCAUAUUUCACAAAUGAAAACAAGGAUUCAGGGAGAACAGAUGAUGAAGCCUCUGAACUAUCUUCAGGAAUAGAAAAAAGAAAAAGUGAAGUUGUCCUUGCUGGUAACAUAGAAGGUUCCAAAAUGCUGAAAUGCUUCCCUGAGAGUUUUGAAGCAGGACCAGUCAGGACAGAUGACCUUGAAGCCAGUGCAAAUGUUGGUCAGAACAUUACUUCACCCAUUACCAGUGAGCACGAGAGCCAGUCUUUGCUUUGUGGGACUACCCCUUACCUGUGGCAAAAGCUCAGCAGCAAGGUUCCCCUCCAGAGUGCAGACCCUAUGAGAACUUAUGUGGAGGAAGACUCUAAAGCAUUACGGUUAAGGACAUGCCCGACUGCACACGGCACCCAAGAAGAAGGGCGUGUUUUGGGCCACAGAGCUGAAGGACACCGAUUUCAACAGGUCAGUGCAGAAGAGGCAGUCAGGAGAAGGGGCCGUAAUGUUUCUACUCCAAAAGCUUCAGAAAGAUGGCGAAGGAAAACCUUGCCUCAUGAUGCUGCCAGGUUUGAGGAAGUUGGGGUGCUGGGCCAAGAGAGUGCAAAAGCACUGGACAGAAGGGACUCCUUGCAACUUUAUGAUCAAUCGAUUGCGAAGAGAAGCCCAAAACACAGAGAUAGAGUAGAGUCAUGGGAAGGGAGCGUUAUCUCUCCCAGCAGUCCAGAUAUUGAUCUUAAGAACCACCUCUCUCCCUCUGAGCCAAAGGCAACCUAUUUUGCUGUUACUUACCAGAUUCCUGGUGAAAAUGAAAAUAUCCCUGGAAAAGUAUUUGAUCCUCUCAAAAGCAAACACAUUUCUUCACUCGCUGAAGAUGCUUCGGUUACUUCCAAUGCUAGCAAUUCCAGAAGAUCCUAUCCCUCAUGUCAGCAAUAUAGUAAAAGUUUUUCAGAUGCACAAGACUCUCUGGAUAGGCAUCUUAACAAGAAUCGGGCUGAAAGAGGGGGAGAAGGUGACUCCUCAGAUUUGCCAAAGAAAGGGACGUUUAAACAUCCACUAACUGAGGUAAGAGAUGAGAAAUGGAUGUCUCUUGAGAAGCGACUAGAAGAUGCUAAAGCGAGAGUUACAGAAGUUGAGCCUCCCCAUCUCUCAGAGCCAAAGUCUCCUUCCUACUUUAGGCUUCUUCAGCAGGGCAGUGAGCAUCUAGGGCAAAAGAAGUGUAGCGACCAUAGCCGUGGCACGGCCAAAGAGAAGUCUUCUGAGAAUUACAGAUCAAGAGUUCUUGACAUUGAUGCACUGAUGGCAGAAUAUACAGAAGAUUCUAAGAAGGCCUCUGUGGUUCAAGGCAAGAGAGAAGGUAGUCUUCAUGGAGACAGCAGCUUGCUUUCUUGGGAGAAAUUGGCACAAAAAAGAAAUUCUGCAGAUAAAAUGCCUUGUGGUUAUAAGCGGAGAGAUCCACAAGGACAGGAUCAUCCCUGCACUGGGCAGGUUAUCUAUGCAACAGAAUUCCAAGCAAGCACGAGAGAGAUCUUGGAGAGCUGCAGCCAGGAGCUGAAUCCUUUAAAAGCCAGAGAUGUGAAGUUCAGCCCCCCUCACUGGGGAAGGCCAGCUGCAGAAAAACCAAAGAAUUCACCUGUCGAUCCAGUCAGCACUCAGAAAAAAACAUUCAUUAUUGAUGAAGGGCCAGGAGAGAGCCUCCCGUUAAGGCGCCAAAGUGCAAAACCCGCUAGUUACAAUGCACAGGUGUGCACUCUUGUUCGAAUGGACUUGGAAUCAGAGGCUAGCUCUGUUCUUCAUCCUUCCCAGGUGUUCACAGGUGGAGUCUCAGGGAAGGGUGUGAGCCUGAAGCAGCAGACAGCUGUGUGUGCAGAUGAUGACUGGCGCACAACUUUCAACGUGAGUGGGGUAAAUAAGAAGCAAAUUGGUGUAAGUGGGAGUUCUCUUGACAAGAGCAGAGCUGAAGGUAGCAGCAGCACAUCUGGUUUGGCCAGCGCCAUGUCAGACUUCAGACGUUCAUACUCUGAAAAGGGCCGCCAGUCCAGAGCGAGGGGGACCUUGCCUUUUGGGAAAGGAGCAAGAGAAAGACAAGACCAGAGGAGAGCCUGUGAAGGCUUCCUGUCUGGAAGUACAAACAGAUGGCUGGACAGACGAAGCACAUCUCAGCAAGACUCCUUCCUCCAUGAAAGGACAGAGGACGACCUUGAAAAAGAAUGGGCCAAGCAGGACUGCAGUGGCUCAAGAGUGAAAAAUUCUCCCUACCUUUCUACACAGUGGAGGAGUCACAGUUUUUACAGAGAUAAAAGAACAGACCACUGGGCAGCGGAUCAGUUGAAGCAAUGCUUUGGCAGGCCAGCUGCGGAGGCCAAGGACACUGACACACUUGUGCAAGAGGCAGACAGUCAGUAUGGCACCUGGAAUGACCAGCGGCACAGUGGGGACAGCAGGAGGCUUGAACCUGUGAAAAUGGGACCCUUCAUCUGCUGUGUGUCCUUAGGCGGAGAUGUGAGCAUGGCCAGUGGUGUCGUCCAGCAACAUCUGGGGACCCAAAGCUUUAUGCUGGAGUCUCCUUCCUCCGAAAGCAAUGUGGCUCCACCCCGGAAGCAGCCCCCCAGCAGCCGGUUCUCGUCGUUUUCCUCCCAGACGGAUCCUGCCUCUGCAGCAACUGAUCGGCGUGACUCUUCAAGGGAGCAAAGGAGCACCAGCCUGGACCAUUCCAGCACCGACGUGGACUCUGCAGAUGGCACCGACGUCCCCGCAGCAGCAGGUGCCAGUCCAGACUUCUCCUUCCUGGAUCAAACCCCUGUGCUGGACUCCAGCGCCCUGAAAACCCGUGUGCAGCUCAGCAAACGGCGGCGCCAGCAUCGAGCCCCUAUUUCCCACUCGCUCAGGAGAAGCACUGGGGGAGACACAGAGCUGCAGCUGUCUGCGACAGAAGAGGCUGACAGUGCCUGGAUGUUCAAGGACUCCACAGAAAAGUCAGCAAAGAGAGAAGUUUCUGAUGAGGAAGAAAAACCGCACCCAACAGACCGGUCGCCAGUCUCUCAGCCACAGAGACUCCCUGUCUUCCCAGGGAUGGACCACUCAGUCCUCAAGGCUCAACUCAGGAAAAGACAUGAACCAGAGGGAACAGGAGAAGGCAGUCCCGCGCACUUGUCUAGGUCACCAAAAUCUCCAUUUCAGACUGGAGCCCCCAGUGGCAGAGUGCCGCCCACUGGCACAGAGAAAGAAGAAAGGUCAGAGGAAACGUCUCCACAGUGGCUGAAGGAACUGAAGUCCAAGAAGAGGCAGAGCCAAUACGAGAACCAAGUGUGAUGACCAAGGUGGAAGUCAUGAUGACUUGGAAAACAAUGUUGGCAUUGUGACAGAAGAAGAAGCCUUAACUCACCCCACACCCUUCACCCUGUUGCUUCCUGCCUCGACUGCUCUGUGCACGGUGCCUUCCCAUCCGGCGUGGAGAGUUUCUUGGUAGCCUCAGUUGGGUACUUGCCGGAAGAGAAGAGCACCUCUCAAAGUCCCCAGGAACAGAUCCCUGUCAUUGGGUUGUGCCUCUACAGCUCUCGCUGUGUGCCAGAAGGGGUCUCCUAGUUGUGCUGCAGAGACAACCCCUCCGUACACAGACUCAGGCGAGUGGGGAGGCCUGAAAAUGUUGCCUUCUGGCUGGAGAGUCAGGCCUAACGACCCUGCUCCAUGUUAGCUUAUGAACAAAGAGAACAUUGGCAUGACUGGACGGAUGGAUGGGCCGGACUCUUGUAAAAGACUCGUUCCUGUCUGCGGAGGGGAAGUGAGAGAAUGAGAAAACAUUAUGUUUACUGCCACAUUGAAAAAGGAAACUUGGCUGAUUACUUUUUUAAGAAUAUUUUGAUUGGCUGAUAUUUACUUGUAGAGAUUCUACUUGGCCAGGAAAAUGUGAUGCUUUUUGUUUCUUUCUUUUUUAGGAUCAAAGGAGACUUUAUCAUUUUAAGUGAGAUUGUAAGUGUGUUUUUGCCAGCACAUGAAGUAAUUGCUUUACGAUGAGCAUCCUGUUUGUAAAAGGGAUAAAGCAAUAAAGUCAGACAGUCCUCGUUAAAGUAGUUGUAAAUAAUCUGAAGGUUUAUAUGUAUGAAUGAAUGAGGGGAAGGGAGAGGAACUCUAAUCUUGUCAGUAUCAGGGCUGCAUAGGAACUCUUCUGGGCUGUCUUGCUAGAUAUUUUAAUUGCUCUUUCUGUAAAUAAAGGGACGCAAGAGGAGUCACAGUGCUUUUUCCUCCAACUGCUUCAAAUGUUCCAGCUGCGGAAGUGUGUAUUUUUUCACAAAUGUUAAACUUGGGUGAUGUCAGCAAACAAGUUAGGGCUCCUGUCCGUGGUCUGCAAGUGCCAUUGGGGGCAGUUUCUACAGUAUAUAAGAAGCUUUUUACCCUGUCAGGGUCACUCAGUCUUGUGAACAUGCAUAGGGGUGCUGAAGGUGGAUUACAAUCCUGUGAAGAAGUUCCUUUCCUUCUUCAUUUUAGGAGCUGUGCUUGUUUCUUACCUGCAUAGUGAGGUUUCCCUGUUUUUCUUUUCUUUUUUUAAGGUGUUCCCUCACCCCAAGCCCCCAUGUCUGGGUUCCAUUUUGAAUGGAGGCUGAAUUAAGAAUAUAACAUUAUUCACCCCUAAGUGCUCUUCUCAGAAGUGUUCUAUUUUCAGAAAUUUUAAAGCUUGUACCUUAAGGAAACUAGAUCUAUUUCUCUUGCAUUGCACAGAUGCCCUCCACCUGGAAAAAAAGAUGUGGGUGGUGCAGGGUGGAACAGGGAGGAAUUAAUUCCAUUGCUGAGCUCAACCUGUCCUGCUGUCCAGGAAACACACUGCAGCACCAGCACUUAGGAGUAGCCCCCCACCCCCCUCCAGGAAUCACAUCUGACACAGGCCUUGUGCUGGAGGGCUGCUGUUGGCAUACAGGCAGGUCCAGCCUGCGUCGUGGGCUUGUAGACACCAUUAACUUCUGUGCCAGCCCUUCUUGAGGAAGAAGCCACUAGCAUGCUCAGUGAGUGCACUUGGCUUUUUCUCUUCCUACCCAUGCCCGGUGGUGCUGCAGGCUUAUGCCCAAGCAAUGUGCAGAUGGUGUUGUCUCCCAAGCAGGGCUUCCCUCCUCCUCUCUCAGAGGGAAAUCUCUUCUCACCCAAGACCUCGUCUGCAUGUUGGAGCCUGCGUUGCUUGGGGAGAGGUGGAGUAACCUUAGUUGUCCCCUGGAGAUGCCCCUCUCUGUUAAACCAGAAACCUCCCAAGGGAGCCUUUCAGAGUAGUUUUAUUUCACCACAACAAAAUGUAUAUGGGAUCCUCCUGGGAGGAAGGGUGGGAUAUAAAUCUAAUAAAUAAGUUAUCUAUUUUGUUCUUGGAACAACCGAGAACGUACCCUGGAGAGAAUAGUGCUUUGUCCCAGUCACGCUGCUUGCGCCCAAAGCCACGGUAUGCAACACUUGUGUCCUCAAUGCUGCUAACCUCCCCCCACCCCACCCCCAGUCUCAGGCCACAGGGAGAAACCAUUGACAGUGCUUGGGGAGGGAGCAGGUGUGUCACUCUGCCCCAGGUGUUAGAGAGAUGCUGUCACAAUGCCCUUCUUCUCAAGAAGCCAUGUGUGUGUGUGUGUGUGUAUAUAUAUAUAUAUAUAUUCUAGUUCUUUCCACUUCCUUGGGUUCAGGAUAUGUUUUGGUAUGGGAUACGUUUGUUUUUGUUUGCUGGGUGGGUGGGUAGAGUGGGCUGUGCUGUGGCCAAACUGAUUUGUCAUCACGUGUGCACCAAGAUGUCCAUAAAGGUGCUGGCAAUCUUGCAUUUUAUUUGCUUUUUUAAAAAAAACUCAGUUUUUGAUAUGGUAUUCCCAUUUGAUUUGAGUUUUCAUCUGUAACUCUAAAGUGUGUUGGCAAUCUUUCCUCAAAUUGCACUGAGUGCACACACACACCAGGCAGACUCCUCAGCCUAGCAGAAUCCUUUUGGGGGGGCUGCAGUGAAGCGUGGGGCAUCCCUGCAAUGUUGGGGUGGCCAGGGCGGUCGGUGGAAUGUUUGCAGCGUAUGGGCAGCUGAGCGAUGGGUUCCCUGGAGAGCUUGCCCUGCAUAAAUUGAUGGAAGGGGUUAAGGUGGAUACUGGUAAAUCCCUCUGAGUCUGUACACCCAGGUCCUUUUUUGUGCUUGUGCAAGGCACUGAAAUUCUGUAUUUUAGUAGUUUUACUACUAAGAAAUGUUUGAACUUAACUAUAUCAGAUUAAAAACAAAGCAUUCAGAAUGA